CUGCUGUGCGCAGAAGUUGCUAGUCACAGGAGCCACAAUGGCGUUUGUAGUCUCCUUCAGAUAGGGCUGUGGAUGAUAUUAAAUCCACUAGCAUCGCCCUAAAUAUAGGCCUGGUUGAUUCCCAGAGCCAUUUAUAAUAAACAGGAACAUCUACUGCACACGAAAAUACUAUAAUUUCUAAUCAAUAUUGAAUUUAUAGGGGAUAAAACUUACAUUAAAAGGGAACAUGUAAACAGUACCAACCGGGUCAAGUUUUCAUUUUGUUCGAGAAACGAGCGGCUUUUAAUGAAGGCAUUUGCUUGUUUCUUAAUGCUUAGACCGUAAUUCUGUGGAAUAAAAGCACCUUUACUUAACUUGGCACCGGACAAGGACACCUUUUCACAAAGGGACUUUUUCUUUUUCACGAUUCAGCUCGCUAGCCGCUGAGCAUUUAGCUAGCGGUGCUAGCUAAAUUGAGACUGAGACGACACCACAAUGCUCCGAUGUUUUCUUGGGAUCUUUUUCAUUCAUUGACUAAUUCAAAGUAUAAUACUUCACAGCACUGGGGAACCAUCGUGCCAUUUUUCUGCUUUGACGAACUAUGUUUGGGAUCUGAAAGGAAUGAAUUGGCGUUGAGGAGGACUGGACGUGACGGGCCCGGUGUGUUUAGUUUGUGUGUUUUUUUGCCCUGUUUCUGCUUAGUAACACUUGUUUUGACAUUUGGAGUAGCUACUGUUCUCUUGUGAAUGAAUUGCCUGGACCACCGACGCACAGUCGCAGGAGAGGUACCGACGCCGGCGUGAGGUAUGCCUGGGUCGGACCGACACCAUGGGACCAAGAGGAAGCCGGAAUCUACUAGCCUUAGCGGCGUGCCACAGCAGACCCAGGCCUCGACUCAUACCUCCACUGGAGACAAGACGAGCAAAGACAGCAAGGUGCAGUUAAAAUCUUCAAUGUCCUCUUCUUCAACAAAACGCAAACGGCAUAAAUCAACCAAACAUAAUCGUGGAUCCUCGGCGGCAGCUGGAUCCGAAGAUUUUACCCUCGGCGAUGCGGCGCCACCUGGUGUCAACACCGUGAAGCCUCUGGUGGAGUACGAUGAUAUCAGCUCCGACUCGGACACUUUUUCAGACCCACCGUCCUCCAGGCCUUCAGAGAGGGGGGGCGGGGAGCGACUGGAGCCCUCACCAGACUACGAUGGGGAGGAUAUCGCUGGAGAAUCAGGUGGUAGAGAGAACAGGGGGCACAGACACUCCCGAAAAAAGCCCAAGGACCCUAACAAAGUUAAAGACCCUGGGAAUGGUGAACGUGGCUACAAGAAGAAGAACAGCAAAGACCGCGAGAAAGGGGCUGCUGGGAAGAGCAAGGAGAAGGCUGCCUCCUCGGGCCCCUCCUCUAAACGCCAUGUCCAGCCGGAGGGUGACUCCAAACGUGGGGAGCUGAUGCUCUCCACACAGGUGCAGCCUGCAGCCAGUGUAGGCAGUACUACUUCUUCCACAUCAUCAUCUCGCAGCAAGGAGAGCAGCCGCUCAGGAAAGACCCGCAAAGACAAGCAGCAGCGGAGAGAGGGCCGAGGUGGGGAGGGCAGCCGCAGCUCCUCUCAGAGGAACCGAGCCGACAGGAGCCAUCGCAAGUCCUCCAAGAGCCACAAGUCGAGCCCUAAGAGCAAGUCUUCCAGUAGGGGUAGCCCCCGCAGGAAGGGCACCAACUCUGCUCAUUCGCCCAGUCCCAGAAGAGGGGCGGGCAGCGAGAGUCCACAGGGCAGUGGGUAUGGGCAGCAGGGGGAUGACAACUACUCCAGGCGCAGGGUGGCCCAGCAGAGCCCCAGUCCUUACGGGGAUAUGUCCCGCCGCAGCAGACAGAGAUCAGACAGCCCCUACGGCAGCAGACACCGGUCCUCCAGCUACGAGAGGGACAGCAGCCCCUACUCAAGGAGACGCUCCAUCAGCCCCUAUGGUACACGCAGAUCCUCCAGCACCAGCCCCAUGUCACGUCGCUCUGGCCGCUCCAGGAGUCGCUCCCCUCUGCACUACUCGUCUUCUCGCCGCUCCUCCUCUCGUUCCCGUAGCAAGAGGCAUACUUCCUCCGUUGCAGCGGGGGCGAGCUCCCACAGCAGUCGGCCAACUAGCCGCUCCCCUCCCUCAUCCCGCCUGCCACUUAACUCCAGCCUGGGAGCAGAGCUGAGCCGCAGGAAGAAGGAACGGCAGGCUGCUGAGGCGGCCGCUCGUGCUAGUGGUGGUGGUGCUGCAACCCCUCCUCCGCCAACACGUAAACUUGCAGGCCCCUCCUCCCUACGGCUCACUAAACCUGCGCCUCCCCAGCCAGAAAAAGACUCUGCAACACCAGCGGAACCUCUGCCCCCACCACCUGCACUGUUACUCCAGGAUGCUCCCAGUGGUGAAGACCGGUUUACUGCACCUCUACCUGCCUCUUCCACCUCCUCUCCUGCACCUCCUCCUCCCUCUCCUCCUGCGCCACCCGCUCCAGCCACCCAGGCUCCACCGCCGCAACCUCAGGCCGAAACAAGUAUUCAGCCUCCUACACCCUCAACCACACCCCAGGCCAAAUCGCCAGCUCCAGUUCCUCCACGCAGCCCCGUCCGCCAGAUGCCACUUCACAAGACGUCAACUCUGCCUCUCCUGCCUUUACCACCUGCACUGCUAGGAAACGCUCAGGGCAGGUGAUCCAAGAAGUCCACCCCUCCUCAGAGGCAAUCUAGGAAGGAGAAAGAAGUUCGCAGCCGGCCAUCACUCAUUGACCUUCCUUUACCGCCCACCCUGUCAGGAGGUAACUCCUCACCCCCGCAGUCCCCCAUCCGCCAGGCCCCACCGCUACCACAGGCAGUCCUUAAGAAGAGACCAAAGAUUUGCUGCCCGCGAUAUGGUGAGCGCAAACAUACCGUGAGCGACUGGGGCAAACGCUGUGUAGAUAAAUUCGAUAUAAUUGGCAUCAUUGGGGAAGGCACCUACGGCCAAGUGUACAAGGCCAAGGACAAAGACACUGGUGAACUGGUGGCUUUGAAGAAAGUGCGUUUGGACAAUGAAAAGGAGGGUUUCCCCAUCACCGCCAUUAGAGAGAUCAAGAUCUUGAGGCAGCUCAAACAUCGCAGUGUCGUCAACAUGAAGGAGAUUGUCACUGACAAGCAGGAUGCACUUGACUUUAAGAAGGAUAAAGGUGCUUUUUACCUGGUGUUUGAGUACAUGGACCACGACCUGAUGGGCCUGCUGGAGUCGGGCCUGGUCCAGUUCUCCCAUGAGCACGUCCGCAGCUUCAUGCGCCAGCUGAUGGAGGGUCUGGACUACUGCCAUAAGAACAACUUCCUGCACAGAGACAUUAAAUGCUCCAACAUACUGCUCAACAACAGAGGUCAGAUCAAACUGGCUGACUUUGGUUUGGCCCGACUUUACAGUUCAGAGGAAAGUCGGCCAUACACUAAUAAAGUAAUCACACUAUGGUACCGCCCCCCUGAGCUCCUGCUGGGAGAGGAGAGAUACUCUCCAGCCAUUGAUGUAUGGAGCUGUGGGUGCAUUCUGGGAGAGCUCUUUACCAAGAAGCCCAUCUUCCAGGCUAACCAGGAGCUUCUUCAGCUGGAGCAUAUCAGCCGUCUGUGCGGGAGUCCCUGUCCUGCAGCCUGGCCUGACGUCAUUAAACUUCCCCUCUUCAACACCAUGAAACCCAAGAAGCAGUACAGGCGGCGACUGCGGGAGGAGUUUGCCUUUUUACCUACUCCGGCCCUGGACUUGCUGGACCGAAUGCUGACCCUCGACCCCGGGCGGCGCUGCACAGCAGAGCACGCUCUUAACAGUGACUUUCUGAGUAACGUUGAGCCCAACAAGAUGCCGCCGCCAGAUCUUCCUCACCAUCAGGACUGCCAUGAGCUGUGGAGUAAGAAGAGACGACGUGCACGUCAGAGCGGGGUGCCCGAAGAUGUGCCUGUGCCCAAAGUGCCCCGUAAGGAUACGACAGGGACCUCAAGUGGAGAGAACAGUCGGCCCCAUAGUAGCCCGGCUGGAGCCCCACCGCCUCCACCAGGAAAACCGCCUCCCACAGUGAACUUAGAGAGUGAGUUGUCAGGCCUGGGAGUCGCUGCAGAGCAGUUGAACCAGACAGAGUUGGCGGUGCUGCUGAACCUCCUCCAGGGACAGACGGACCUCAGCCUGCCCCAGGUGGCCCAGCUCCUCAACCUCUCCAACCCAGAGACUCUCAGCCAGUCCUUGUCUGCCCUCAGUGAGUCCUCUGACCACCAGGGGGCUCCAGAGGACCAGGCCCAGACUGCUGCCCAGGCCCAGCCCGCUGCCCGGUCCCAGCCCCCAGAGCCGCCUCCUGAACCUCAGGAACUGUCGCCGACAUCCGGAGACCCAUCGCUCAGCCAGGAAGACCAGGCCAACCUGCUAGCUCUCAUUUUGGGCCACAUCAUCAAGCCACAAAGGGAGGAGCAAGGCGACGAGAGCAAUGGCGUCCAAUCAGAGGAGGCUCUAAAGCGCGGUUCGUCCGCCUCUACUACUGAUCGCAAGGAUGGUGCAGCAUCAAAAAAGAAACAGCUUGUGGCCAACCAGGUGCCUCCAUCUGGAGAGCAGCGUCCACCCUCUCCGCCCGGGCCGCCUCCAUCAGCUCUCCUCCUUGGCAAUGCCCAGCAGGCCGGGUCUGAAACCCAACCCAGCCAGGACAUCAGCCCUGCUGUGGCAGCUGCCUUACUCCAGCUCAUCUCUCAGCAGGACUCGGAUGCUGGGGCCCCUCAGCGCAGCAAGGACCCGUCUCCCUCUGUGGAUGCUCAGGGACAGCCCCCUCCACCCUGGGUUGCAGACUCUCCGCCUAAACCUUCAGCUGCAGCUGAGGCCCCAGCAGGACUGGGGACUGCUGCUCCUACUACUGCAGCACAGUUCCCUAAGGACCAGGACCUCCGCUUCUCCCACGGAGCUGCCCGCUGACCCUCAUCCCCCCGGUGAGAGACCUCGGUAUCUUAGGGCGGCUCCAGAAAUCCUGGCCUGAAGGGAAAAGGCAGAAGAAGAAUGCAGAGGGACAUCUACAGAUUAUGACUUGCUGGACCACGAGCAGGUUGCUAAAGGUGAAUCAAAGAUUUAGAAAAUGAAUGUCUGAUAGAAAGAGAUUACGGGCCUUUUCAGAUCAUGAACCUCGCUGCCCUCUGAACAAGCUGUCGUGUUAUCGGAGGAAGUGUUUGGACCUGACCUUAAAACAUUUAGGGACCGUCACCACCUGCAUUCCCUCGCUCUUUCCUGUUCACUGAAGGUCCUGACUUGAAUGAAGUUUAGCUUCCAAAUUGAUUGCCAUGCAGCUGACGCUCAACUUAGAAAGCAGCUGUGAUCUCUUUUUUUUUUCUUCUUCUCCAAAACAAAUGAUUGUCAUGUCCACUGCAGUGCCCACUUCUAACAAAGUUCUCAGUGUUUUGCAGAUGAAGUCGCCACUCUGAUGGAGGGGGUGUCUGUGACGGUGUGAGAGAAGACUAGCUGAAGCUAUGAUUCUGUGUAUGGGUAUAUUUGAGGCGAUGAGCACACUGAUGAGAACACUGGAGGUCUACGAGUUUCCCAUUGAACCUUACAUGCUGGCUCGCUCCCCCUGUUUUCAGCCUUGUGCCUCCUUUGUGACCCCCAGCGACCCCUGAAUGAUCUUGGCUUAGCAGGAAGUGUGGGUUAUGUGUCUGCGUUGGAUGGCACCUACAACAGUGUCAAUCUGCAGGACUGCAAUUCUUUUUCUUUUUUGUACCUAAAGGCUGUUCCAUAUUGUAUUCAGUCAUCAACUCAACUGAAUUGCGAUGUGUUGUUGACCCACAUGAAGACUUCCCUUCCUUAACAUACAGCAAACCUCUGUGUCCUAACAAGCCUAAGCCUGCAGUGCUCACUUUCCUGUCUGGAAUAUAGAUUAAACCACUACAUUACGACGGAUUGCUGGAUAAUACACAAGCUAUUCUGCUAGUUGAAGUAUAAAGCUAGAAACGUAUAUAUACACACACAGAAACCUGGCGGGCUGUGAAACCUCGUCUAAUAUGUUGUCGCCUCCCUGCCAACUCGUGAAACAAAAGCUUCUUCUUUUUUUUUUUUUUUUGGUGCAGCUAUUUUCUACAUAAAGAAAAUGAUGCACGCUUGAAAUGAUAUUGGUCCACGGUUCCGUUACCUUUCUUUUAUUUUUUUUAUUUUUUUGGGAAAGUGAAAGGGAGGAGAAAAUGAUUUCAUGUGUCUGUAAAAAGAAAAAAAAAUAUUUUGUAAUAUGUGUUAUCUUGUUUCAGUUUAUUAAAAGAAGUAAUGCGACCAGUUGAA